AUGAGCGAGGCGCACAACAUCAUGGAAUGGCGCAUCAACAAGACUGCAGACACAAACAACGUCUUGUACGUCGCCUUGACAGGCGAGGAGUACAUCAGUUUGGAGGGCGGCUACACAGGGCUUCAGGCCAACAUGAGGCUCAGCAAGAAUCAGAUGAGUACAUUCAACAGGGGGUAUCAGAUCCUCCACCUCCAGCAUCACUACAACAAGAAGUGGCAGUUCGAUGAGUUCGAACAGCAGUCGGUACAAAUCUGCGAACUCUGCCAUUACAACAUCCUGGACAUCUUCAAGAGGUUCAAGUGGACAAAUGGUUUUGCGUGGGACUACAACGCCCUCAUCAACCUGAACGACCUACAGGCGUACUUCGGGAACGUGGCAGAGCUCAUCGAGGGGCUGAGAGACGGGGAGGACAUUGAGCAGGAGGAUCCCAAAGACGGCUGCCGGCCGAUCCACGCCGCCAUCAUUUGCGACCAGGAGGAGACGCUGCAGUACCUCAUCAGGCAACGGGCAGACGUAGAAGCUGCAGGGCCAGGGGGCCUGCAGCCGCUUGCCUUGGCUUGCCGCUGCAAUGCCCCGGCCGCUGUGCGGCUGCUGAAAGCUGCCGGGGCGCGCGGGGCGCGCGAGGGCGAGACCUUGGAGAGGCUAUGCCACGAGGCCGGCGCUGCCAAGGCUCUCCGUGCGCUCCGCGGCGAUGGCGACGAUGCCAACGAAGGAGAAGGAGUAGAGAGUGCACCGAAUGCACCGGAUGCACCGGAUGCACCGAAUGCACCGGAUGCACCGGAUGAACCGGAUGAACCGGAUGAACCGAAAGCAUACGUGAAGGCCAAAGAUCCAUCACCAUCGAAACCGUGCGAACCCUGGUUUGGGUCCUCUGUCAAUCCCGCCAACAUGGAGGAGGAAGCUGAGCAAGAUGCACUUGCAUUGAUGGAGGUGCUUGAACGG